AUGGUGUCAGAAGGAAUCAGCAUGUGGAUUUCCAGGUCGUGCCUCAUGAUGUUGCUACCUCUGCUGCUGAGACUCAUAUCCACAGUCCAAGCCAUUGACUGCUACAAGUGCACAUCAAUCAAUGGGACGAUGAAGGAGUGCGAGGAUGAGUUCAACCUGUCAGUGAGCACCGUCCACUUGAUUCAGCGAGAGUGCAAGUACGGUCACUUCAGGGGCACUCAUUGCUUUAAGCUGAAGGGAGAAAGAGAUGAUGGCAUAAAAAUAACCGUCCGAGACUGCAGCGAUGGCGACUGGGGCAGCCACUGUGGCGACAUCCGAUACCUGGAAGAGAAUGGGGAACAUCGAAUCAAGGGGUGCCUUAAAGCUUGUGACCAUGACGGAUGCAACAGAUCAUCAGGAAGUGACCCAAACGUCAACGCCAUCAUGGCUCUUCAGAUUGCUGUCAUCUUGUCCUUUUUCUCAGAUACAUUGUGGAAGAUUAUCCAUUCUUAG